GAGAACAUGGUGUGACGUCGAAUAUGCGCGACUAGAAACGGCAUGCAUGGCUUCCACUUUGGGCUGAGCUGUUGUGUGAGAAAUUUGGGUGUACGUUAAAGUUCAUUAAGUGUUUAACCUUACCAACAUGGAUGUGACCGCGCCUAACGACGAGAGUUUUUCAAUUGAGGUUAUUCUCUCAGAGGGCGGAAAAACUGCGCCAUGUUGUCCGCAUGGUCCUACCUUGCUCUUUGAAAAAGUUAGAAAAGGGGGCGAGAAAGGCAGAAAGUUUUAUGCCUGCUCCGCCUGCAGAGACAGAAAAGACUGCAACUUUUUCCAGUGGGAGGAUGAAAAGGUGUCAGAGGCCAGGCUUUUGGCCAGAGAAGCAGAGAACCAGUCAAAGAGGCCUCCGUUUACCCAGCAGGAGUACUGUAACCAGUUCAGAAAGUUUGCCUCCCUCCCAGUGGAGGAGAAGAAGUUUUGUCAGGAUUGUCAGAUUUUGCUCUUGCCAGGAGAGCAUGAGGCCCACGUCUCUCACAGAUCCAUGGCCGUUUCAGCAGCUCAGCUGAGGAGGCCCAGUGUGCUGUUGCGUCCUUUGGACAACAAGAAGAGCAAUGCCCAGUACCUGUUCACUGACCGCAGUGCCCACUUCCUGCUGGACACCCUGGUUGCUCUGGGAUACAGGAAGGUGCUGUGUGUGGGCACGCCCAGACUUCAGGAGCUGAUCAAGCUGCGAAACCUGGAACAGAAACAUGAGCCAAUGAAGAGUCUGCUGCUGGACAUUGACUUCAGAUACGCUCAGUUCUACAGCCAGGAUGAAUUCUGUCUCUACAACAUGUUCAACCAUCACUUUUUUGAUGGAGAGGCUUCCAGCGCAGUCCUGCAGGCCUUCCUCACUGAGUGCGACGGGCAGAAGGUGGUGAUGGUGGUUGACCCUCCGUUUGGUGGCCUAGUGAAGCCUCUGGCUAAUAGUUUCUCUCUAAUUUCACAGACAUGGAGGAAGCUGCAAAGUUCAGACUGCAGCAAUGCUGACAUGCCCAUGAUAUGGAUCUUCCCAUAUUUCUUUGAGUCUCGCAUCCUGGAGUGUCUCCCCUCAUUCACCAUGCUGGACUACCAGGUGGACUAUGACAACCAUCCUCUGUAUAAACAUGGGAAGACAGGCAGAAAGCAGUCUCCUGUCAGACUCUUCACUAAUAUUUCAGCCAGAGACGUCGUCCUGCCCAAAGAGGAGGGCUACAGAUUUUGCUCGGUAUGCCAGAGAUUUGUCUUUUCCCUCAACAAGCACUGUGCUAAAUGCAACGUCUGCCCAUCUAAGGAUGGCCGAGAAUGGAAGCACUGCUCAACAUGUGAGAAAUGCGUGAAACCGUCAUGGAAACACUGCCAGUCCUGUGGCUGCUGUGCCCUCCCAGACCACCCAUGUGGUCAUGGUCAAGAAAAGGAGGGCUGCUUCAACUGUGGCAGCCUAGAGCACAAGCGCAAAGCCUGCCCUCUCAAAGACACACACAGGAUCAGCAGUCAUCGGUCCAAUGCCAAGAGUGGAGGCAAAAAUGUAUCCCAUCAUCCCCUCCUAAAGUCUAAAGCUAAGAGGAAGUCUGGCGCAGCUCGCAGAGCAAAGAAGAUGGCUGCUCUGUCGAAAUGACCUCAGCAUUUAUGCAAUGGCUGUGCAAUCACAUGCAGUGAAUUAUUUUAUUUAAACUCAAGUGACCGUUCUUGACAGUUGCAGUAGAAUAAAAGUAACAAAAAGAGAUUUUUCCUUGUAUUUUCCACUGAAAUGCAUAGACAUCCCAAGUUGGUAUUUAUUCUGUAUAUGGCAGUAAAUCUCAGGAAGAGCAACUGAGGAGGGGUCCCUCUUCCAGGAUGGACAGAUGUGCAACAGAUGUUGUGUGUAUAGAACAGAUCGGCAUAAUAAAUUUGAGUAAUUCAUAUGACAAAAU